AGAGGCAGACAGGGGGCAACAGAAGCGCCAAGGAUGCUGGCCCGGCGUGGAAUAAGGCAGUUGUUCUUGGGAACCACACGUGGGAUUGCCGGCAUGAGCAACAAACGCACGAUCAAGAUCGACUCAGUGGAGCCAAGGAAGUACGUGAAGAAAGACGGCGGCUCCGGGCAGCCGGACUCGAUCGACAAGCUGUCGAACGUGACGCUGUCGGACGAGCAGGUGCAGGUGAAGGACGACAUCAUCCGGUUUGUGAAGGAGAGCAUCCGCAACCACCGCGAGGGGGACCUGCCGCGUGUGUACGUCAUCAAGGGCGGCGCCGGCACGGGCAAGUCUGUGGUGCUGAACAACCUGUUUAACGAGAUCCAGAAGCUGAACCGCAAGGUCGGCGACGAGGACCUCAAGGGCACGCGCAACUACCUGGUGGUGAACCACCCGGAGAUGAUCCGGCUCUACCACCGCAUCGCGAGGUCGUUCGCGUACCUAAGCAAGCGGGACAUCGAGCGGCCCACCAGCUACAUCAACCAGUUCGCCAAGGACCGCCAGAAGAACAAGCGCCUGCUCAACGACCUCGUCAUAGUCGACGAGGCGCAUCUUCUCGCCACGUGCAAGAACGCCUACAAGAAGUUCUACGGCGAGAACCACCUCACGGAGAUCAUGAAGACCUGCAAGGUCGCCGUCGUGGUGUACGACGAGCGCCAGACCUUGCGCACCGACCAGUUCUGGGCCGAGCACAGCGCCCACGGCUGUUCGCUGGAAGACGUGCUGCGCCAGCACAGUCGUGAGCACCGCGAGUACGAGCUGCAGCAGCAGUUCCGCAUGAACCUCAGCAACGCAAACGAGGACAACACGGACGUGCUGCAGUGGGUGCAGCGGGUGUGCUUCCAGCGACACGUCCAGCCCGUGCCCCGCGAGCGGCUCGGCGGCCACUUUGAGUUCAAGGUGUUUGACGACUGCCAGCAGAUGUACGAGCGCGUGCGCAGCAAGAACGCGCAGUACGGCCAGUGCCGGAUUCUCAGCACCUACGACUACCCGUACCGCAUCAGCGGAGACCGCGACUGGUAUGUGACGGGCCGCGGCGGGUUCCGGCUGCGGUGGGACAAGUUCACGCCGGGACACACGGUGCCCUGGAGCGAACGCGACUACACGAUCGACGAGGUGGGCAGCGUGUACACGAUCCAGGGCUUCGACCUCAACUACGUGGGUGUGAUCAUCGGGCCCAGCGUGGACAUCGACUGGGCUGCCGACACCGUGAGUGUGAACGCUGCGGCGUACGAGGACCGGGCGGGCACGGUGCGGCGCGCGGGGCUCGACCGCGACAAGGCCGUAGAGACGAUUGUGCUGAACUCGCUGUACGUGCUGCUGACGCGGGGGGUGCGCGGGCUGUACGUGUACGUGCACUCCGAGGGUGCUGAGCCGCGGGCGGGCGAGAGGGGCGAGGGAAACGUUUAGAGCAUUCAUCUUAUAUAUAGACAAGCGACAGACGCAGUAACAGACGCACUGCUUAUAGUGUUGUUGAUGACGAGGCCAAUAGGCGUGUAAAUACAAGAGGUUUGAUGUGGUUGGGGGUAUUAGUGUGUAAGUGAGAUAUCAGUUCUAUACCAUGAGCGGUAGAGACGACCUGCAUCUCGCCGCCAGGGAGAAACGCGUUGGAAGAUUGCCAGACGUACGUACAGCAGGCUGAAACGGUCGGACCUGGUGCGGCACUCGUCGUCCCGACCUCGAGCAAAAGAAGGCGCUCCGCUGACGUCAGCGGUGCGCCGACGUCAGCGC